UGAGACACACUUGAAGGGCCAGUUACUGUGUGUGGUGUAGUUCAGUGUAGUUCUUUAAUUAACCUAGAACUGUGGAAACAUGAAGACCAAUACACCACCGUCCUCUCCAGACCCUCACUUGGAUGGUGACAGGGAGGAAGUGAUCGAUAUUGGUGACAUUGAAGAGGUGAUUGAGCUUGACGAUGACACAAACUUGGAGGAGGUCGCCGAGAGGCUGGUGGGUGCUGGCGGUGGAGAGGAGGAUGAGAGUAUGGAGGACGGGGAGGCAGCAGAUGUCACUGAUAUGGCUGCUGUUGUCUUCUCCAAACACAAAGGAUCUGUAUUUAGUUGUUCAGUGUCAUCCAGUGGGAACUUAGCUGCCACAGGAGGAGAGGACGACUUGGCUUAUGUUUGGGACGCUAAUACAGGAAAUGUGGUCUUUACCUGCACAGGGCACAAGGAUAGCGUGACCUGGGUGGACUUCAGCCAAGAUGGAUCACUACUGGCAACGGGGGACAUGAGUGGAUUUAUUCAAGUCUGGAAAAUUUCAACCUCAUCCAAAAUAUGGGAGUUUGAAAUAGGAGAUCUAAGUUGGCUGACAUGGCAUCAUGCCUCUCAUGUGUUGUUAGUGGGGACAGCAGAUGGGGAGAUGUGGAUGUGGUUGAUACCCCAAGGCAACGCUCGCACCUUCCCCAGCUACGGUGUUGCUUCCCAGUGUGGGGCGCUGCUGCCUGACGGUAAACGGUCAGUAGCUGGUUAUGAGGACGGCUCUGUGCGUGUCUUUGAUCUGAAGACAGGGCAGCUAGUACAGCAUUUCAAAGACGGCCAGGCAAACACCGCAUCCAUCGCCAGUAUUGCCGUACACAAAGACAACACUCUGAUUUUAGCUGGCUCCUUUAAUGGUACGGCCAAGUUAUACAAUGCUAAUAGUGGAAAGCUUGUUGGUACACUUAACUGUGAGAUCACCCCGAACUCUGAGGAGGAUAACGAGGCGGAUCACACUGUAGAAGCCGUCAGUUUCUGUCCGCUUACACCCAACAUCGCUGCCACCGCCACUCUGGCCGGAUACGUUACGUUUUGGGACAUUUCAUCGCAGGUCAGCCGGCACGUGAUAGCUCAGGGCUGUGGAUCGUCUCGGCUCGUGUGGCAUCCGAGCGAACCGAUAUUAUUCUCCGCUGGGCUCAACGGCGCCAUACACUCCUAUGAUGCACAGUCGGGAGAACCUCUUGCCAAGUAUACAGGGCAUAAGGAUAGUAUACUUGCUCUUAGUGUCACCAAGGACGGUUCAGCACUCGUUACAGCCUCAGACGACGGAACAGCCAGGGUGUUUAAAUUCUUGUGAGUAUUUGUAGAAUUAUAUAAUAAAUAUGAGAUUUUUA